CUGAUGGGCCCCGACGGCCAAUGGCGGUCGAGGGGGGCGGAGCCAGGCGCUACGGGCUUCCUCUCCGGCUCGGUCUGUGCCCCCCCCCCCGCGGGUUCUUCGCUGCGAAGAAAAUGGCGGCGGCGCCGAGCGGAGACGAAGAGAGAUUACUCCAGGCAGCUAACAAAGCAACAAGAGUUUCAGGGACACAAAAACAGCACAGCCGUCGGUCAACAAGGGAAGAAAAAUCUGAAGACCAAGACUUGCAGGGUCUGAAGGACAAGUCCUCCAAAGCCAAAAAAGUCAAGAAGGAAAGGAAGGAGGAGAAGCAACAUGAGCCAGCUCAGCCUUCUGCAGAACCUGCUGAAGCAGGCAAAGCAGAGAUGUCAGAAGAAGCUGGAUCCGCCGCAGCUGCGCCCGAAGCCUCAGCAUCCCCCAAGCAGCGCCGCUCUGUUAUCCGGGACCGUGGACCCAUGUACGACGAUCCCACCUUGCCUGAAGGCUGGACCCGCAAGCUCAAGCAGAGGAAGUCGGGCCGCUCAGCGGGGAAGUACGACGUCUACCUUAUCAACCCCCAGGGGAAAGCCUUCCGUUCUAAAGUCGAGCUCAUUGCUUACUUCGAGAAGGUGGGUGACACUUCUCUGGAUCCCAACGAUUUUGAUUUCACGGUAACUGGACGUGGGAGUCCCUCCCGACGAGAGCAGAAGCCACCCAAGAAACCCAAAGCCACGAAAACGUCUGGCACGGGCCGUGGUCGUGGCCGGCCAAAAGGCAGUGGUUCGGCCAAGGCCAAAGGAGCUGUUUCAGAAGGUGUCCAGGUGAAGCGGGUGAUGGAGAAGAGUCCAGGAAAACUGUUGGUCAAGAUGCCUUUGCAGUCCUCCACAGCAGGCGCAAAGGCAGAAGGUGCAGGUGGGGCAACCACCUCGGCGCAGGUCAUGGUUAUCAAGCGUCCCGGGCGCAAGCGGAAAUCAGAGUCUGACCCUAAGGCUGUGCCCAAAAAACGGGGGCGUAAGCCAGGUAGCGUGGCAUUAGUGCCGGUGGCCGAGGCCAAAAAGAAAGCAAUCAAAGAGCCGGUGGUCCAGGCCGUUCAGGAGACCGUGCUGCCCAUCAAGAAGCGCAAGACACGCGAGACCAUCAGCAUUGAGGUGGCCAAGCCACCCCCGCCUCCUCCGAGCAACACAGGUGAGCGGAGCCCUAAGGGACAGCGAACAGCUGCCAAGAGCCCAGGGCGGCGCAGUAAGGAGAGCAGCCCAAAGGGGCGGAGCGGCAACACUUUGCCAACCUCUGCCUCUUCUUCCUCCCCAGGCAAGAAGGAUCAGCACCAUCCUCCUCAUCAGCCGCCUCCAGAGCCUCAAGGCAGCCCCCCGGCUCAGCCCCCCGAGAGCCCCAAGGACAGCAAGAGCCUCCUAGCUGAGCCCCAGGACUUGAGCAGCAAGAGCUGCAAAGAAGAAAAGGCUCCCGAAAGCGACGGCUGCCCCAAGGAGCCCCCUAAGACUCAGCCUGGCGGCACAGCAGUGCCCUACAAACACGAGCGCAAAGACACUGUGUCGUCCUCCGCAGCCAUCCCCCGGCCUACGAACAGGGACGAGGCUGUGGACACCAGGACGCCUGUCUCGGAGCGAGUCAGCUGACUGUGAGGGGGGGGGGUGAGCGAGCAAGUUGAGCGCCAGAGGAAACAAAGAGAGGGACAGGCACUCCCAGCCCCCCACACACCCCCAGUUGAAACUCCAGGCAACUGCCGGGUAGGACCCCCUCACCCCGACUCCUUUCCCCACAGUGCCCCCUGCUUCCAAGCAGUCCGCUUUCCCCUGAAAAAGAUUCUUCCUCUGUUGCCCAUCCUUCUCUCACUUUUUAAUACAGACAAGCACAGUGUGGGGUGCAGAGACACGCCUCCCAGGGCUGGAAGCCACUUUGCACUUUUUUUUUAACUGAACGGGGGGCACCCGCUCCCUGCCGCCCCACCCCACCCAGGCCCCUUCUGCCAGGCUUUGCUGCAUAUACUACUGACAAGGCAAGCUUAUUUGGCAGGGGAGGGGCAGCUUCAAACUCUUAGCUUGUGGCCCCGAUCCUGCCCAACCCUCCCUGUUACAGAGGCCCAGCAGACAGAUCAGGGGAGGGACGAGGGGGGGGGGACACGUGUGUAUUCCACUCCACCUCCCUAGUGCCAUGUAAUGUAGUCGUUGAGUCUUAAUUGGAGUUCUGUAGUUUUCAGUAGGAUGUGUGCAUGCAUGUCCACGUGAGCGAGAGAGAUAGGGCUGGGAGUGGCCCCUCUGGGGAGCUGAUGUUUCCCCAUCUCCCGGUUAGACCAGCAAUUAGGAAUGACCUCUCCUUCCCCCCCCCCACAAGAGUUCUGCUAAGAGACAGACCACUGGGGCAAUGGGGAGGGGCCAGUUUUGGAAGAACGUCCUCCCUUCCCGUGCAUAUCUUGAAAGGAGAAGGGCCUUUGAGUUUGUUAAAUCAAUCCAAGUGUGCUGGAGCGCGUGCGCAUGCGCUCGCCGCACGCGAAGAGUUAAAACGAGGAGUUCUUCCAGUUCUUGUCGACAAUGUUAGCUUAGGGAACCGUUUGCACUAAUGGAGGCCUUGGCCCACCUGCCUGGGGAGGCUUUGGCGUGAAAGACGUAUGGAAGCGUGCCUGUGUAUAUUGUGGUGGAACUGGGGUGGGGGGAGAGAGAGAGAGAGAGAGGGGAUGGGGCUUGGACUGAAUACCGGCUCACCUCCCCACCUUACCGGUAAGGCAGAAAGGUAGCUGAAUGUGUGUAAAAAACUACCUGUAACUCUGUGCUGGGACUGGUACAUGACGAGGGUGAACCGAGAAGCCUGGAUGCUGUCGCUUCAAAGGACUUUCUGACGUUUGGUGAACUGAGCUUCCGCGGCUGUUGAGCGCGCCUUUCCCCCGCUCCCCAAGAAAGCAGGCCUCCAGCAGAGCGUAGCUUAUAACGGGAGGAGGAGGACUUGGUCUCCCCUUUGACGGGCGUCGUCUCCCCCCCCCUCCUCCGUUUACAAAGAAUCACUGAACGUGGCGUGAAGAGGAUCGGCCACCCCGAGUGAACCCCUACCCCCCCCCCUUCUCUAGACAGCAGCAGAAGUGCCACGAUUUCAAGAUGGCAUCAGUGUGGUCAGUGUUGGCAGGGAGUAGUGAAUAACUUAAAACAAACACAACCGAAUCGUUUUUAAAAAGUUAUUUAAAAAAAAACACAAUCAAAUCGUUUUUAAAAAGUAAUUAAAAAAAAAAAAGUAGAGGCAA